CUCAGGGACAGCGGCGGGCUCAGGUCUUCCCUGGCGACCGCUGCUGAGCCCCCCGCGGGGCCGUGACGCCGCGGCCGAUGUGGCCCAGCGCGUUGCGGGCCUGCACCGCCGCUGCACAAAGACGCCGCCGCAGCCGCCGCCCGCACCCCGGCCGCAGCCGCCCGCGCCAGCCCUAGCCCCAGGCGGAGUCCCGGCCGCAGGGCAGCAGGCGUCCGCGCGCGGCCGGCCACGGCAUGGAGAAGCGCGCGGCCGCGGGGCCGGAGGGGGCGCCGGGCGCCAGGGCGCCGCUCGCAGUUGUCUGCCUGGUGAACCUCUUUCUCACUGGGAGACUCAGCAGUGCAGUUCCUGCCUUAGCCGCCUGCAGUGGGAAGUUGGAACAGCACACUGAACGGCGAGGGGUUAUCUACAGCCCAGCCUGGCCCCUCAACUACCCUCCAGGCACCAACUGCAGCUGGUACAUUCAAGGUGACCGUGGUGACAUGAUCACCAUCAGUUUCCGAAACUUUGAUGUAGAGGAGUCUCACCAGUGUUCCCUCGACUGGCUCCUGCUGGGCCCAGCAGCUCCUCCUCGCCAGGAGGCCUUCCGCCUCUGUGGUUCAGCCAUCCCACCGGCCUUCAUCUCUGCCCGUGACCACGUCUGGAUCUUCUUCCACUCAGACGCCUCCAGUUCCGGCCAGGCCCAGGGCUUUCGCCUCUCCUACAUCCGAGGGAAGCUGGGUCAGGCAUCCUGCCAGACAGAUGAGUUCCGCUGUGACAACGGUAAAUGCUUGCCUGGUCCUUGGCAGUGCAACAUGGUGGAUGAGUGUGGAGAUGGCUCGGAUGAGGGUAACUGUUCAGCGCCUGCCUCGGAGCCACCAGGCAGCCUAUGCCCCGGGGGCACCUUCCCGUGCAGUGGAGCUCGCUCCACACGCUGCCUGCCGGUAGAGCGGCGCUGCGAUGGCACCCAGGACUGCGGUGAUGGCUCUGAUGAGGCUGGCUGCCCCGACCUAGCAUGUGGCCGGCGGCUAGGCAGUUUCUACGGUUCCUUCGCCUCCCCAGACCUGUUUGGCGCCGCCCGUGGGCCUUCGGACCUUCACUGCACAUGGCUGGUGGACACGCAGGACCCGAGGCGUGUGCUGUUGCAGCUGGAGCUACGACUGGGUUAUGAUGACUAUGUCCAGGUGUAUGAAGGCCUGGGCGAACGUGGGGACCGUCUGCUGCAAACGCUUUCCUACCGCAGCAACCACCGGCCUGUGAGCCUGGAAGCAGCGCAGGGCCGCCUCACUGUGGCCUACCAUGCUCGCGCCCGCAGUGCUGGUCACGGCUUCAACGCCACAUACCAGGUGAAGGGCUACUGCCUCCCAUGGGAGCAGCCGUGUGGGAGCAGCAGCGAGGGAGAUGACGGCAGCACAGGGGAACAGGGCUGCUUCUCAGAGCCACAGCGCUGUGAUGGCUGGUGGCAUUGUGCGAGCGGCCGGGAUGAGCAGGGCUGUCCAGCAUGCCCUCCGGACCAGUAUCCCUGUGAGGGUGGUAGCGGCCUGUGCUAUGCACCUGCCGAUCGUUGCAACAACCAGAAAAGCUGCCCCGAUGGCGCCGAUGAGAAGAACUGCUUUUCCUGCCAGCCGGGCACCUUCCACUGUGGUACGAACCUGUGCAUCUUUGAGACAUGGCGCUGUGACGGUCAGGAGGACUGCCAAGAUGGCAGCGAUGAGCACGGCUGCCUGGCUGCCGUGCCCCGCAAGGUCAUCACCGCCGCCCUCAUUGGUAGCCUAGUAUGCGGACUGCUGCUUGUUAUUGCCCUAGGCUGUGCCUUCAAACUCUACUCCCUGCGCACGCAGGAGUACAGGGCCUUUGAGACCCAAAUGACACGUUUAGAGGCAGAGUUUGUGCGGCGCGAGGCGCCCCCAUCCUACGGUCAGCUCAUCGCACAGGGCCUCAUACCACCCGUUGAGGAUUUUCCUGUCUACAGUGCAUCCCAGGCUUCAGUGCUACAGAACCUUCGCACAGCCAUGCGACGACAGAUGCGUCGGCAUGCCUCCCGCAGGGGGCCAUCUCGUCGCAGACUGGGCCGCCUCUGGAACAGGCUCUUCCACCGGCCACGGGCACCUCGAGGCCAGAUCCCACUGCUGACGGCCGCCCGUACCUCACAGACCGUGCUGGGUGAUGGGCUUCUCCAGGCAGCACCAGGGCCUGUACCAGACCCUCCAGUGCCCAGUACAGACACAGGCAGCCCCAGGGAGGCUGGAGAUGGGCCUCCUAGUGGCUCUGGCCAUGCACCAGAAGUGGGGCCUUCAGUGCCGCCCCCGCCCUUGAACCUGCGAGACCCAGAGUACAGGCCAGAGGACAAGGAGAGAAAGGCCUGUGUGGACCCUCUGGAAGACAGUCCAGCCCCUGUGGACACGCCUCCAGAGCCCUGCUUGGCCCAAGACCCCCACCCCCAGACUCCCACUGCCAGUGGCAUCCAAGAUCCCCACUCAGCAGAGCCACUGGGGGUCUGCAGGAGCCCUCCACCAACCUGCUCCCCAAUAUUGGAGGCUAGUGAUGAUGAGGCCCUGCUGGUCUGCUGACCCAUUGGACACACUGGUGACUGCCACAGCCCCGCUUUGGAACCAGGGAAUACACAGUCAUUUCUA